CGGGGGGGGGGGGGGGGGGAGAGGGCUAAUCCCAGCCCCCUCCCCCUGGGAUGUUACUGAGAAUGUCGCACCUGCCCCAGGCCCAGAAUAACGGGGUCCUGCUCUCCUCGGGGGAUGCCCUGGGAACUCACUAGGCCCCUUUUCGCCUCUCUCCAGAUUGUCUGUCUGAAGAGACACGCCCGGUCUGUCCCUUCCCUGCUACCACGGACCCCGCCUUGCCCCAGACCAUGGCGAUGGCUGCAGCGGGGCCGGUGCAGCAGCUCCAGGUGGUGUUUGAAGACAUCGCUCUGUAUUUCACCCGGGAGGAGUGGGAGCUCUUAUCCCAGCCAGAGAAGCAGCUAUACCGGGACCAGAUGCUGCGGAAUUACCGGGCCCUUGUUUCCCUGGGCUAUUCAGGUUCCACACCAGACUUAAUCCACCGGAUCGAGGUAGGGGAGGCAGAGCUCUGGAUCCGGGAUGCCGAGAACUCCAGGGAAAGCUCCGGGCCUCAGAGCCCCUCCCGAGCAGGGCACGGGAUCCCGGGAGGAACAAGGAGACGGUCUGAAUGUGGGGAGAGUGUGGGAGGAAAGCUGGAUCCCACGGCCCACGGGGGGAACCGUGGACAGGAUGGAGUCAGUCCCCAUGCCGAGUGUGGGGAUAGACUCAGCCAGAGACCGGACCUGGCCACACACCAGAGGCUUGCUGUGGGGCAGCAAUCCCAUGGCUGCGUCGACUGCGGCAAGAGGUUCAGCAACGCCUCCGCACUGACCCAGCACCGGCGAACGCACAGCGGGGAGCGGCCGUACCGGUGCGCCGACUGCGGCAAGGGCUUCAUCAGAGCCUCCGCACUGAACCAGCACUGGCGCACGCACACCGGGGAGCGGCCCUACCGCUGCGCCGACUGCGGCAAGGACUUCGCUCAGCUCUCACACCUGUCAGCACAUCAGCACACGCACACUGGGGAGCAGCUGUACCGCUGUGCUGACUGCGGCCAGAGCUUCUGCUGGGCCAAGUCUCUGCACCGGCACCGGCGCACGCACACCCAGGCGUGGCCGUACCACUGCGCUGACUGCAGCAAGGACUUCAGUGAUGCCGCCUCGCUGAGCCGCCACCGGCGCACGCACACCGGGGAGCGGCCCUACCUCUGUGCCGACUGCGGCAAGAGCUUCGGCAACGCCUGGACGCUGACCCAGCACCGGCGCACGCACACCGGGGAGCGGCCGCACCGCUGCGCCGACUGCGGCAAGGGCUUCAGCAACGCCAGCACGCUGACCCAGCACCGGCGCGCACACACUGGGGAGCGGCCAUUCCGAUGCACUGACUGUGGCAAGCGCUUUGGCAACGCCAGCACCCUGACCCAGCAUUGGCGCACGCACACCGGGGAGCGGCCGUACCGCUGCGCCGACUGCGGCAAGGGCUUCAGCAACGCCAGCACGCUGACCAAGCACCAGCGCACGCACACCGGGGCACAGCCAUACUGCUGCACCACCUGUGGCAAGGACUUCAGCCAACAGGCAAAUCUUACCAGGCACCUACACCGGCUCACGCACACCGGGGAGCGGCCGUACUGCUGUGCUGACUGUGGCAAGAGCUUUGCAAAGAGCUCAGCCCUGAGAACACACCAGCGCACACACACCGGGGAGCGGCCGUAUCGCUGCACUGACUGUGGAAAGGGCUUUGCAGAGAGGUCAACCCUGAGAGCACACCUGCGCGCGCACACCGGGGAGAGGCCGCACCACUGUGCUGACUGUGGAAAGGGCUUUGCACAGUUUGCACACCUGAAAAGACACCAGCGCACGCACACCGGGGAACAACCGUACAACUGUACCAACUGUGGCAAGGGCUUUGCUCAGAGCUCAAGCCUGAGAAUACAUCAGCGCACGCACACCGGGGAGCGGCCACACCGCUGCACCGACUGUGGCAAGAGCUUUGCAGAGAGCUCAACACUUAGAAUACACCAACGGGUGCACACCGGGGAGCGGCCAUAUCACUGCACCGACUGUGGCAAGAGCUUUUCAACGAGCUCAAUACUUAGAAGACACCGGCGCACACACACCGGGGAGCAGCCGUACCGCUGCAAUUACUGUAGCAAGAGCUUUGCACAGAGCUCAAUACUGAGAAUACACCAGCGCACACACACUGGGGAGCGGCCGUACCUCUGUGCUCACUGCGGCAAGGGUUUUGCACGGAGCACAUACCUGAGAAUGCACCAGCGCACACAUAGCGGGAAGCGGCUGCACCAUUGCACUGACUGCGAUAAGUGUUUUGCACAGAGCUCAUCCCUGAGAAAACACCAGCGCGCACACAGCGAGGAGCAGCCAUACCACUGCACUGACUGUGGCAAGAACUUUGCGGGGAGCUCAAAGCUGAGAAAACAUCAGCGCACGCACACCGGGGAACGGCUGUAUCGCUGCACUGACUGUGGCAAGAGCUUUGCAGAGAGCUCAAAGCUGAGACUACACCAGCGCACGCACACCGGGGAGCGGCCGCACCACUGCCCUGACUGUGGCAAGAGCUUUUCAGAGAGCUCAAAGCUGAGAAGACACCAGCGCACGCACACCGGGGAGCGGCCGUAUCGCUGCACCGACUGUGGCAAGGGCUUUGCCCAGAGCUCAACCCUGAGAAUACACCAGCGCACGCACACCGGGGAGCGGCCGCACUGCUGCACCGACUGCGGCAAGGGCUUUGCCCAGAGCUCAACCCUGAGAAUACACCAGCGCACGCACACAGGGGAGCGGCCGUACCACUGUGGCGAUUGCAAGAAAAGUUUCAGCAGUGCCAGUACGCUGACCAGACAUCAGCGCACACACACACCGGGGAGCAGCUGUACCGCUGUGCCGACUGUGGUAACAGGUUCAGCAAUGCCAACAAGCUCACCCAGCUCCAGUGCAUGCACACCGGGGAGCAGCCGAAUCGCUGUGCUGACUGUGGCAAGGGCUUUGCACACAGCUCAAACCUGUGAAUACAUCAGCGCACACACACCGAGGAACGGCCAUUCCAAUGUACUGUCUGCAGAAAAAGCUUUGCACGGAGCCAAUACCUGAGAAUACACCAGUGCAUUCACAGCGGGGAUCGGCUAUACAGGUGUGCUGACUGUGGCAAAUGCUUUGCUCACUUGGGCAACCUCACCUGGCACCAGUUGACUCACUAACACCCCUCUGCCACUGCCAGGGCCCAAGGGACUUCUGGCAGCUGGUGGGCCUGGCACAGCACCAGUGGAUGCAGACCGGGAGUGGUCCUGGCCCCGUGAUGCCCAGAAGAGACAGUGAGGGACAGGGAAUGAGACUUAACUGAGCAGUGUGGGGAAGAGCAGACAGGUGGGGGGAUUUUAGAGUAGAUGGUCACAGCCUGCUUCAUUAGGGACCCCUGCAUCUAGGUGGGGUCCAGCCAGGUCUCUCUGUCAAACUCCCCCCAACACAUAGAGCUGUGAGGCAGCCAGGACAAUCCCUCCCCACCCCCCAUCUAGAUGGGACUGAGUCAGGAACUCCCCCCCCCCGCACCUACCUCGUUUUCAGACAGGGUGACUCUUGGGUGACAUCUGUCUCAGCAUGGAUUGGCCCGAGGGGCGGGAGAGCCCAGUGCGUGUGAUCGAAAGAAGACUGAGGAACUGCUCAUACCGUCUAUUUUAAAUAGAAAUGGGAUGAAGAAAAACUAUAUACCUAAUGUGUAACAAAGGUCGGUCUAGCCAGGUGAUUCUUUGCUAUAAAAGAAGCUGAUGCAUUCGGAUGGUGUGUGGAGAAGCCAAUGUGAAGUGUAAAUCAUUAAAAUAAACCAGCCCAAAUGUACUAAGGCCUGACUAACCAUGAGGCCUGAUGAACUGUGUGACUGGCAGGUGCAAAGAGAGUUUUGCAUUACUCCUUGGGGAAUUCUGUGCCAAAAAAAAAAAAAAUUCUGCAUAUUUUAUUUGUCAAAAUAACACAAUAUAAUCACACUCAUUUCAAUCAUUUUGAUAGUUUAUUUCAAACUACCUAUCAGCAACUGUUUGUAACAAUACAAACAAAAAAGAUUCAGGAAGUGAUUUUUCACCAAUAGACUCCUUACUAGACAUUUAAACACAGAACUUUGAGUAAUAAUUCAUUUAAACUACAAUAUAGAACCGUAUUUCCCGCACCCCUCAGAAGCAGUGCAAAGGCUUCGGGGAGCCAGUGGUAAUGAAGAAGCUGAGGGAGAGGGAGGUAAUUGCUGGGAAGGAGCCUGAAGUGGACUUUGAGAGUUGCUGGGUGUGAGUGGGAGAAGUAUGGAAGAGGCGGUUUUCGAGGGAGAGGGGAAGAGUGAUUGUUAGCGAUUUGGGGAGCCUCCCUUAUUAAACCCUGGCUCACCCUUGGCCUCUCCGAUUGAGUCAGGCACAUCUGCCCUCUGUCCUCAUGUGUCCCUGCAUCCCCCCAUCCCCGUGUGUCCCUGUCCCCCCUUCCACCCCUAUGUGUCCCUGCAUUCCGACUUGCAUUCUGCCCCUGGAUCAUUGUUAUUUCAUUAGCUCCUGUGAGCCCCCAGGAGCCCUGUGUACCCCGCUCUGUCCAUCUCCCCCACAUUCCUUGCCUCCACACCUGACCCCAUGGGCAGAGCACGGUGAAGUAUCCUCUGACCCCCUCCGCCUCUCUGGCUGGCUGCUCCAGCCAUAAGCCAGCUGCCCUCUCUUCUGGUGCCACAGCAGCCCCUAGAGGGGAAAAGGUGUAAUUGCAGUGCUUCUUCAAAAUCAAUUAUUCUGGGGUGAAAAAUAAUAUGUGGAGCACAUGAAGUUUGUGCUUGCGCAGAUGGUGCAGAAUUCCUCCAUGAGCAUCGCAUAUGAAGUGACAUCACUGACGUAAUCAUUGACGUGUAGGGAAAAAUCAAGCUCUGGUACAGAGGUGCGUAGAGCUGUUAGUGUUCUUCCAUCAACUGUUCUCUCCUGUUAGCCAUGCCCACGGACCGCACAAAUGAGUCAAAUCACUGUCUGUGUCUCUGGUGAACUACUCUCCAAGGACAGAGUCAUCCAGGAGUGGAAAGAGUCUUUCCAUAGAGAUUGUUGGAACUUCUAGAUGGAAAUUUCUGCUAGGGAUGUAAAUACCGUUUUAAAAGUUAACCGUUUAAACGAUUAAAAUAUGUCA